UCUUUUUUCCCUUGUCUGUAAAAUCUUUCCCUUUAAAACCCGCGGCCUUCAUUCCCCUCUUAUAGUCUUAUUUCUUCCCCACCGAUCUCUCUCGCUGGACUAAACAGUCUUCUCAGACGAGACUCCGUUGUUUUAAACCUCUCCUCUGUAAAGUAGAAGGAAAAGUGUUUUUACUUUUUGUUUAGUUUUAAAUAAUGAUGGACGAAAAUUCAGCUAUGAUCGAGCAAAUUCUCAGAGAAUUUGAAAACGAAGACGGAAAAAACGACGACGUCAACGAAUGGCAAACUGUGUCGUAUUCAAAACGGAAUCGGAAGCCUUCGAAGCCUCUUCCUCCUGGUGGUUUUUCUGAUCUUUACAAUUGCGGCGUCUCUUCCGACGUUUUCAGCUCGAUCCAGAAACAUUCUGACGAUCGCCGUCGUCGCGCAGCCGAAGCUGCUGCGGCGGCGAAAGCGGAGGCUGCAGUUUCUUCUGCUGUUUCUAAUGGAGUGAAGGUUGAUGAUGAAGAUGAUAGUGACACCGGUGGCGUGGAGGAGAACGGUGCUGUGGAAAUUAAGAAGGUGAAGCCGAAAAAGCCGAAGAAACCGAAGGUGAUUGUAGCCGAAGCUGCUUCGAAGAUCGAAGUCGGUGAUCUUACUGCUUUUCUUAUUGACAUCACUAGCUCUUAUGAGACCCAACAAGAUAUACAAUUAAUGAGAUUUGCUGAUUACUUUGGAAGAGCAUUUGCUUCAGUGAGUGCAGCACAAUUCCCCUGGUUAAGGCUUUUCAAAGAAUCUACCGUUUCGAAAUUGGUUGAUAUUCCGCUUUCGAAUGUACCGGAAGAUGUCUAUAAGACAUCGGUUGAUUGGUUGAACCGGAGAUCUUUGGAUGUCUUAGUAUCGUUUGUGUUAUGGUCGUUGUACAGUAUACAGGCUGACCUUGCUAGUCAUCAAGGAGCUACUAAGGGAUCAAAGAAAGUUCCCCAGCCAGCACUAUCGAAGUCUCUGGUUGCUAUAUUUGUGGUUCUAUCCAUGGCACUAAGAAGAAAGCCUGAUGUUUUGAUCAGUUUGGCACCAAAGUUGAGGGAAGAUCCAAAAUAUCAGGGACGGGAUAAAUUGCCUAUCACUGUGUGGAUGAUUGCUCAGGCCACACAAGGAGAUUUAGCUGUGGGCCUGUACAUGUGGGUACAUGUUCUGCUGCCUAUGCUAAGUGACAAGUCAAGUUGUAAUCCUCAAUCUAGAGACUUGAUUUUGCAAUUAGUAGAGAGAAUAAUUUUCUCUUCGAAAGCCCGUCCUAUUUUAGUUAAUAGUGCUGUCAGAAAGGGAGAUCGACUGGUGCCACCUUCUGCUCUUGAUAUUUUGAUGAGACUCACAUUUCCAGCACCCUCAGCUCGAGUUAAGGCAACUGAGAGGUUCGAAACUAUUUAUCCUACUCUGAAGGAGGUUGCCUUUGCUGGUUCUCUUGGAAGUAAAGCAAUGAAACAAGUUGCCCAGUAGAUACCGAGCUAUGCUGUAAAAGCUACCGGAGAAGGUCUUCCAGAAUUAUCUAAGAAAGCAAGUGAUGUUUUUAUUUGGUGUUUAACUCAAAAUCCUGAGUGUUAUAAGCAAUGGGAUGUGCUUUAUCUCGAUAAUCUCGAUGCAAGUGUUGCUGUUUUGAGAAAGCUUGCUAAUGAAUGGAAAGAGCAUUUUGCGAAACAUUCUACAGUUGAUUCUUUGAGGGAAACUUUAAAAAGUUUCAGGCAGAAGAACAAGAAAGCAGAAAUCGAUGCAGAUGCAUCAUUGAAGGAGGCAGACAAGUACUGCAGGUUGCUUAUAGGACAUUUUUCGAAUGGACAUGGAUGCUUGAAAGGGUCGAAGGACCUUGAUUUUCUGCUCCUCUGUCAUCUUCUUCGUCAUCGAAACAGGUACAUUUCUGGAAUUUGGAUGCUGGACUCGGUAUGCAGAGGACUCAGCCAGUUUUAAGGCUAAUAAGUUAUUAAUUUGUGGUUUCAAACUGCUAUUGGUUAUUCAAUUUUGAAUAUAAGAUUUUUAACACUGUGGUAUAAUUCUGUUUUACAGUUUAAUCAUUUUAUUAUUGUGGUUUUUUUUAUACUCGAUAUUAAUUAUUUCAGGAACCGAAUUAAGAAUGA